CAAGCGAACUGGGUUGUGUCACAUACUUUAAAUUUACAGCCACACAUACUUGGCUGAUCGGUCGCCUCCGGGCUUUGUGUGCAAAAAAAAAGACAAUUUAGGAGCAGAGCGGAGUGGCUAAAUUCGAGUGGCCUGCUUAAAUACAAAAGCCCGUAUUCGGUUCUGGGUGAUGGAUGUGUUCGGCUUGGUGUGCGCGCUGCUGCUGUUGUCGUGGACCACCGCGGCCCACGGGAAGCCCACCGCGAGGAAAGAGCGAGUCAUUCACGAAACCAACCUAAACGAGCGAACUCAAGACGACAACGACAGCUUCCAGUACGACCACGAGGCCUUCCUGGGCAAGGAGGAGGCCAGGACGUUCGACCAGCUCACCCCGGAGGAGAGCAAGGACAGGCUCGGUAAAAUAGUGGAGCGGAUCGACAGCGACGCCAAUGGCCUCAUUACCACCGAUGAGCUCAAAGCGUGGAUCAAACGCGUCCAGAAGCGUUAUGUUUAUGAGAACGUAGCGAAGGUUUGGGCAGAUUAUGACCUGAACAAAGACGACAAGAUCUCAUGGGAAGAAUACAAGCAGGCCACCUAUGGAUACUACCUCGCCAAUCCAGAUGAGUUUGACGACACGACUGACCAGUUCAGCUUCAAAAAGAUGCUUCCCCGUGAUGAGCGGAGGUUCAAAACGGCUGAUCUGGACGGGGACCAGGCGGCUGACAGAGAAGAGUUCACAGCCUUCCUACACCCUGAGGAGUUUGACCAUAUGAAGGACAUUGUGGUACAGGAAACCCUGGAGGACAUUGACAAGAACGGCGAUGGACACGUGGACGAGGACGAGUACGUCGCCGACAUGUUUGCUCACGAGGAUGGCGGCCCAGAGCCGGACUGGCUCAGAACCGAGAGGGAUCAGUUCUCUGACUUCAGAGACUUGAACAAAGAUGGUAAAAUGGACCGGGAUGAAAUCCGCCAAUGGAUUAUGCCGCAAAACUACGACCAUGCCCAGGCGGAGGCGCGGCACCUGGUCUACGAGUCUGACCAGGACAAGGACCAGAUGUUGACUAAAGAAGAGAUCCUGGAGAACUGGAACAUGUUUGUAGGAAGUCAGGCCACCAACUAUGGAGAGGACCUCACCCGGAAUCAUGAUGAGCUUUGAGUUUCACUUUAACCUCACGUGUGUGUGUGUGUGUGUGUUUGUGUGUGUAAGUAAGUAAGAGGUUGAAUUGAUUUGUUGUAUGACAGGAGUCUUGUUUGGCCAGCUCUCCAUGUUGGAAUAUUGGUUUAAGAACCGUUACUGCAGAUAAGGAACAAGUUGGAAGAUUUGUUGAUCUGUCGGUCCUACCACUAACACUUAAAGGUCAAAGUGUUUCAACGUAUUGUUCUGUUUCUGAUAUUCAGGAGCAGAAAGAUGUUCUUCCCAUCGGCGGUGCCUUCCGCCACCAUGUUGGCUUUGCUUCCUUACAACUGUUCAUUGAAUGCAGCGCUUUAUGGGUAACUUUUUGAUAACAUUAAUGUGAAGCUGCAGAUCAAAGAACUGAACUUUUAUUUAUUUAGUUUUUUUUAUCUCUUAUCUGGUCAGGCAUUAAAAAAAAGUUUUUAAUGUUUCUUUAACUCUUUCUCUGACAUGAAGUUAAGACAGUGACGUUUUAACCGCAGUGUCUGCGCAAAAUAUCUUUUUAGUUUAGACAGUGAAAGACUUUAAGUGUUUCAAAAAUAGUUUUUAAGUGUAUUUGUUUAUUUGUCUGAAGGGGCCCAAAUAUCUCCCCUCCCCUCUUCCCCACACACUUUUAUUGUUUGUGUUUCAUUGUUUCCAUACAUCACCUUUACUGGCCCAUUGUUAAGGAGUGGAAAGCAUUAACAGUCUUGUUUUUCCACAUUGAAAAAAAAAAAACUAAAUUGUGUACAAAUAAAUAAACAAAA